ACGAUCUCUCUCUCUCUCUCUCUCUCCAUUUUUAUUCUGAUGUGGUGAUGACCCUAAAGAGAACGAUCGAAAAAAUGUCUCCCCUCCCCUUUUCCAUUCUUUUUCUCCUCUUCUUUGUGGCCGCUGCUUCCACAACGAAGAACAAGAAUGACGAGAAGCAAGAAUGCGUGUACAGCAUCUAUGUCCGCACCGGCUCCAUUAUCAAAUCCGGCACCGAUGCCAGUAUCUCCCUCACUCUCGCUGACUCCUCCGCCAACCAAUUCCACAUCCCAGAUCUCGUCUCCUGGGGCGGCCUCAUGGGUCCCCAACACAACUACUUCGAGCGAACCUCCCUGGAUGUUUUCAGCGGUCGCGCCACCUGCGGCCUCCGCGGUCCGAUCUGUAGCCUCAACCUCACCUCCGACGGUGCCGGCGCUCACCACGGCUGGUACUGCGAUUCGGUUGAGGUCACCGCCACCGGGCCGCACUUGCCUUGCUCCCAGACCCUGUUCUACGUCCAGCAGUGGCUAGCUAGCGACGCCGCCCCUUAUCAACUUUAUGCUUAUGUGAACGGCUGCGAUGGCGUCGAACGGGAGCGACGUCUCGUAGUUGGGGCAGCGGCCGCUGAGGCCAGAAAAUGGUCAAUUUUAAUGGCUGCUAUAAAGGCCCCUAGAUGGUUGGACGAGAUUUUAACAUCAUAUCUAAAGUUGCUGAGACUUCCUGACCACCGUUGAUUUCGACCACCACCGGAGCUUUUCUCGUCCAUCGUUGAAGUUCUACUAGAUCACUAUCACAACUCCUCCUGACCACCGUCAAAAUUCUUCUCUACUAUUACAAAAAAUUGAUAUCAAGAGUGCCUAUCUAAAGAUUAGUAAAAACUUUUCAAUACAUUGUACUAGCCAUUGGAGGAUAGAUUGACUUUUGUAAUUUGUUCAAAUCAAUUCUAGUGGAACUAU